AAAAAACCCCGAACGCACCACCCCCGGUCCGGGGCUCGCGUUGCAUAGGAUCGGGCCCCUCCAGCUGUACCCGGCGCUCGAUCGCACUGCGGCUGCGCGGCGGUCGCGCCCGAGGCGGCAUGUCCUCCGCCGGCGCCCGUAGCGGCCUUGCGCCUGCGCAGUGGUGGGGCCGGUGGGGCCUGUAGGUGGGCAAGCGGCGCGGCACGGCACGGCACAGCACGAGGGGCAGGAUGUCGGGGGCGUCGGCAGUGCGGAUCAGCAUCGAGUCGGCCUGCGAGAAGCAGGUGCAGGAGGUGGGGCUGGAUGGCAGCGAGACCUACCUGCAGCCGCUUUCCAUGUCGCAGAAUCUGGCGCGCCUGGCACAGCGCAUUGACUUCAGCCAGGGCAGCGGCUCCGAGGAGGACGAGCCCGGGCCCGGCGGCCGCGACUGGGCCUCGCCCGGCGACGCUGAGGACGAGGAGGGGUUGGUGAAAUUCCAGCCGUCGCUGUGGCCCUGGGACUCGGUGCGGAACAGCCUGCGCAGCGCACUGACCGAGACCUGCGUGCUCUACGACGUGCUCGGCAUCCUCAAGGACAAGAAGUUCAUGACCCUCGACCCCGUCGUGCAGGACCCGCCACCCCCCAAGCAGAAUCCUCAGUUUUUACAGUUGAUUUCAAAAAAGAAGUCACUAGCUGGAGCAGCACAAAUCCUGUUGAAAGGAGCAGAAAGGUUAUCUAAAUCAGUAGCAGAAAACCAGGAAAAUAAGCGGCAAAGAGAUUUCAACUCUGAGCUGUUGAGACUGAGACAACACUGGAAGCUGAGAAAAGUAGGAGACAAAAUUCUUGGGGAUCUGAGCUACAGAAGUGCAGGAUCCCUCUUCCCUCAUCAUGGCACGUUUGAAGUGAUAAAAAACACAGACAUUGAUCUGGAUAAGAAAAUCCCUGAAGAUUAUUGUCCACUGGAUGUUCAGAUUCCAAGUGAUUUAGAGGGAUCAGCCUAUAUAAAGGUUUCUAUUCAAAAGCAAGCUCCAGAUAUAGGUGACCUUGGCACAGUUAACCUCUUUAAAAGACCUCUGCCAAAAUCAAAACCAGGUGCUCCACAUUGGCAGACAAAACUAGAAGCUGCACAAAAUGUCCUGCUAUGUAAAGAAAUCUUUGCCCAGCUGUCAAGAGAAGCAGUUCAAAUUAAGUCACAAAUUCCUCACAUUGUUGUGAAGAACCAGAUCAUCUCUCAGCCUUUUCCAGGAUUGCAAUUGUCUAUAUCCUUGUGUCACUCUUCUAAUGAUAAGAAAUCUCAAAAGUCUGCCUCUGACAGACAAAGUCCAGAGGAUCAUCUCUAUGUCCUGGAACACAACUUGCAUCAGCUGAUCAGAGAGUUUCACAAGCAAACUUUGAGCUCCACAGUGAUGCCGCACCCAGCUAGUGCACCAUUUGGCCAUAAGAGAAUGAAGCUGGCAGGGCCUCAGGCAUUUGACAAAAAUGAUAUCAACUCCUUGCAGUCAAACGAAGGGCUUCUGGAAAAGAUUAUUAAGCAGGCAAAACACAUCUUUCUGAGGCGCAGAACUGCUCAAACCAUUGAUAGCCUUGCUAGUUGCAUUGAAGAUCCACAGAUUCAGGCCCAUUGGUCCAACAUAAAUGAUGUUUAUGAAUCCAGUGUUAAGGUUUUAAUAACUUCUCAAGGUUAUGAGCAAAUAUGCAAGUCUAUUCAGCUACAGCUGAACAUUGGAGUUGAACAGAUCCGAGUAGUGCACAGAGAUGGAAGAGUUAUCACAUUAUCCCACCAAGAGCAAGAGCUGCAGGAUUUCCUUCUGUCUCAGAUGUCCCAGCAUCAAGUCCAUGCAGUUCAGCAGCUCGCUAAAGUUAUGGGAUGGCACGUUCUGAGUUUCAGUAAUCAUGUGGGCCUGGGGCCAGUGGAGAGCAUUGGCAAUGCAUCGGCAAUCACCGUGGCAUCACCAAAUGGAGACUACGCUAUUUCAGUGCGUAAUGGUCCUGAAAGUGGCAGCAAGGUUCUGGUUGAGCUCCCACGGUCUCAAUGCAAGGAUCUCCCCAAAAGUGACGUGUUGCAAGAUGGCAAAUGGAACCAUCUCCGCGGGCCGUUCAAGGAAGUCCAGUGGAACAAAAUGGAAGGGCGCAACUUUGUAUAUAAAAUGGAGCUCCUCAUGGCAGCCCUAACCCCCUGCUAUUAGUCCAGCAUUGCACUGAGGAGGACUUCGGCUUCCUCUAGUAAUAGUGAGCUGCUACAAGUGCAGCAAAGAGACACUGAUCCUGGACAGUACUACACAAAGUGUUCAGGCUUGCAGGUCUGUACAGACACAUCUAUUACGAUGUCUAAGGCACAAAUGUUCUUGCUAGGUGAACUGUGAUUUUUUUAUUUAAAAAAAAACAAAAAAAAAACUUUCUUUCAAUUAAAACAGGAAACACCAUUUUUUCCUAGCUGUUUUGUCCUUCGUUUUCUUAUAUCAGAGUACGGUUUUGUCAACUGCAGAUUCCUAAAAAUCCAGCUUUGGGACUAUGUGCAGGAACUGAGAGAUCCUCUGAGUAUUCAUGAGAUUACAUUUCUGAAGCGCUUGCCCUAAAUGAACAAUGAAGAUAGCAGUACAGCUGUCUAGGAAUAUUUUUACUGUGCUUCAGGUGGAGUUGGCUUUGACAGACUUCCUUUAUAAAAUUAAAUUCAGCAGGCAGUUUAUUGCUUCAAGGAAGACAGCUCAUCAAGAGUGAUUAAAUGAUAUUUGCAAUUAUCUUGGCAGACCUCCUGAAGGCAAAUUGUUUACCUGAAGCAUGUAAGGGAGCAGGCCUGAUACUCAUAGCAUGUCAAGUGGCUUGCCACUGUAGCAGCUAGUGGAUCUGUUUUGGAUGGAAAUGGGACCAGGAGGGAGACAGAGAGCCCACACUGAAUGAUUAAAGCCACCAAACAUUCGUGAUUCAGGCCAUCCUUCUGCAGCAAGUCCCUGACUUGAACCGUGCCCUUGUGUGCACCUGUGUGUGCCCUCUAGUUCUCUUUUCCUCUUAUGUCCUUUCCAUUUAUGUCUUGAGAUGCAAUUUCUCCACACCAAAGGCCUAGAAGUGAAUUUGGAAAUGCAUGCGGACAGUUCUCCUCUGCAAUAUGAAGUUUCAUUUCUUCCUGGGAGAAAUUUUACAAUCUUUGCAUUCUCCUUUGCCUGAGGAAGGGCACAAGCCCAAAAGUUUACAAAUAAAGACCUUUUUUUGUAACUAGUUGGUCUAAUAAAAUAUAUCACCUCUAUCGCAAGAGUUCUGACUGCUUUUGCCUUUAGAUCAACAUGGGUACAACCUAUAUCCCUGCAGAUAAUAAUGCUCUUUAAUGCAUAUUUGGUGGCAAAUCUACCAAUAGUAAGCGUGAAUUAGGUUAGUGGGGGCAAACCUCUUUUGGCAGGCGGGCUGCAAAUUAGUUCAGCAUCUCAAGGUGCCAUUCUGAUCCCUUUCCCUUACCUGAUCUGCCAUUCUGCUUUCUGCUCUCUGACCAAGCUGCUGCUGCUCUUUUUCCUUCCUGUCCUGUAUUCCCUGCCUGAUCUGAUGUUCUGGGUUUCUGCUCCCUGCUCUAUCUGCUGCUGUUCUGCCUUUCCCCACCCCAUUCUUCUGCAUGCCACACACACAGGCUGCCCAUGCCACUUGUGGUACCUGUCUACAGGUUGGCCACUAUUGUUGCAUAGACCUACUUGAGUUCAAGUCAACUGGCCCUUUGUUACCUUUGUUUUUUCCUGCUCUAUUUUUGUGUAGUAUCUGAAUGAGGUUCAGGCCAAGGGGUUUUCUAUAUUUGCCUCUGAGCCUGGAUUGAGAAGGUCCCUGUUGUACAUGAAUUCAUGUACAAACCUUGCAUGUAAAUCCUCAUUAAGCUGGAAUGGAGCUGUCCUGAUGUACCCCUCUCAUAAGUAAACAGCUGAUGCCAUUCUUGUCCCUUCUGCAUUGAUGUCUCCCAGGCCAAAUGCAAUGUUUGCAUAAACAACAGCUUUUUUAGCACGGAGUGUUUUAUGUUCUAGGAAAGCUGAACAAGGAGGAAUUGGAGGGAGUUUUAAGACCAUCCAUAGGGCAGAGUGCAAAACUGCUCUCCUGCUUGAGGGUGAAUUGCUAGUGAUCUGUUUUAGGUUAUGUCGCUAUGUAAGUUUUAGACUCAUGCAUACUGGACAGCCUUGGUGUACAGCUGGUGGCCCGCAAGUGGUUACAUGCAGCCCCCUGCCACUGCCCCUGUCGCCUUGGUCUUGGGGUUCCCUGUCCUUCCCCUGGCUUCUGCCUGACUCAGCCCCAUGGGCCAAGGCAGUGCAGUGCAGGCUGCAGUGCUGGUAAGCCGGCAUCUCAAACCACUGUGGUGUAGUGCCAUGGAGUGGGGCCCACAGGGAGCUCCAGAUGAGGUGCCAGGCUGUGUGGUGGGCAGGGUGGGGGAGCACCCAGCCUUGUGCAGGAUGGAUGAGUUCCUUCUCUUGUGCACUGCAAUAGUAGGGGGGGGCACCCACCCAUGUGUGUGGAGCACAGCUUGUUGGGGGGGGGAAUCUGUGGCCCCUACUAAUAUGGCCCCUGCUGGUGCAGCUCACCGGCUGCUUGGAAGUUAGAUAGGCCUGACUGUACAGAGGUAAAUGGGUCCCUAUUUGAUUGUAUAGCAACCAUGAGGGUCAAGAGGAGAACAUAGUAACUGAUAGCUGUAGCAAUUAUCUAUUGGGCAAUUCAUUCUGGGACAUGGUCUGAUGUGCCUGCCCUCGGCAGUUAUUGCAAUGAUAAUUACCAUUAAGGACCAUAAAGUUAUUGCUACAUGUUGAAGCUGUAGUUUCUGUACAACUGAUCUGUGAGAUUUGAAAAUGACUCCUGUCACCUGCCCAUGGCAGGGUGUAUUUUUACAUGCCCUGUGGAGUAAAUGGGGUGGAAAUGUCUAUUGACAACAGUUUAUGGGGCUUUUACUGCAAGAUGGGUAAAUGGGUAGGACUUAAUAUGCUUUAUAAUGAGUAGUUACUGUCAGAUUCCAGUUAGAGAAAGGAUGAUGAACAAAUGGGGAAACCGAGACAAAGGGCUUAGCAGUCUGUCGGAGACAUGAUUACAGUGAGUCCUAACCCCCAGGCCUGUAUUCAUACUACUGUCAUAUUUGUCAUGCACGUGAGAGUGUGAAGUAAAAGUAGUAGAGCUUACACUGUGCAGCAAACUGAAAAGAUGGGACUUGCUUUGGCAUUUAAACUGGUGUUGGGACUAUCGCUACUUCAGACAUGUAGCAGGCUUCCCCUCCCUUUGUGUCACAGAUCGAGGUCAUAGUGCAGCUGUGAAGUUGCUAGGUUUUGUCAUUUUCUGCAUUUUCCUAAAGAAAGUAAAUGCAUGUGGCAUGUUGCUCUGUUUGCAAGUGGUGCAGAAAGGCUUUGCAUGGGUGAUGCUGGCCAAGGAUUAGGCCCUUAAAGAGCCUGACUUUUAAAAAUGCUGAGUACUUCACAGCUCCCACUGGAAAUUCCUAGGGGCUCAGUACUCAAGAAAAUCUGGCCAAUCAUUUUGGCUCCUAAUUUUAGACAUUCAAAUUUGCUAGUUGGAGCAGUCUUCACCUUCUUUCUAUAGGCAAACAUUAUAAUAACAAUACAUUUCCAAAUGUUUAGUGCACUUGAAAUCAGAAAAAACAUACUGUUAUCCUAGGUCAGGGGCUGACAGUGUUUCCUGGUAGCAAGCUGGAAGACUUGCUACCAGGAAACAUUAGGUAGCAAGCAGGUCUGAGAUUUACUUGCUGCCUGGCAGGGGCACAGCCUGGGCAAAGCCAUGGCUCCACAGGCCAGAUCUAAAGGCUCUGCAGACUGGGGACCCCUGACCCAGACUGUUUGGAAAUAGUUGCAUUAAAUCUUCCAAUUACUAUGCAGGGACAGCUAUGUUAGUACAUCACUUUUUCCAGUUGCUGGUCCUCAGUCCUCAAUUAUUAACUGUAAAGACUUUAAUCCUUGUGCCAGUAACUGGUGAGCAUUAACUCCAGAUGGUUUAGCUCUGCAUUCCUUACACCUAGCAGCAGUAGUACAUUUUGAAAGAUAUUUGAUUUAUUUUGCAUAGGAUAUGUAUUUUUUACUUUGUCAGGUUAAAUUUUAGAUGAAACAGGACUCUUGUCUAUAACAGAAUAGUAAAAGCAAUACCAUUACAAUAAUGCCUAGUGCAUGUAUUCAUUAAAUAUGCUUGUAUCAUUCGAUACCUGACCAUAGCAGUACUCCAAUGCAUUAAAAAACUGAAAGUGAACUUAGCUGGCACCUGUAUGUGAAAUUGAACAGUCAAGGGUUAGAGGCCCUAAAUCAAUGUUUCAGUAAGCAAGCAGAGCAAGGGAGACAAAAUAACCAACAUAAAACGGAGUUGGUUUGUUUUGUUUUGUUGUUAAUGCAUUUUUAAGAGUCUAUGAUAACAAUUUUUUUAAUUGUUUUUUAAAUACUAUGCUAAAAUUGUCAAGAGGAAGUAAGUCAAAGAUAGUGAUGCCAAAUGACAUCGUUACUGCAUCGCUAUGGACUUGCACACUUGCUAAUUAUUAACUUUCAUCCUGUAAUGGUCAACAGAAAAAAUGUUGAUAGGAAAAUGCACAUUCCCUGUAUAAUUAUGUCAGCUUUCUUUCUUUCUUUUUUGUCUACUUAUGUUUAGUAUACACACUGUGUGUACUUGCUGUGCCUUAGUGACGGGUUUAACAUGUAAAGCUUAAAUCUCUUCAAGAAUGACAAAAAAUAGCCAUCAAGAAUGUAUGCAGAGCAAAGCCUGCGGGCUGAGCUGAGUUCCUUUUUGUCAUCAAUAUUGCCCUGUUAUGGUGCUUCCUGAAGCACUUAGAGUAUGCUAUAAAGAUAUACAAGUGUAAUAAAACAGCCCAAACUUCA